UAUAGUAAAGAAAAGUGUAACGAUUUUUAAGUAAAGAAAAAAUACAAGUUCGUACUAUAAAACUACCUCAGCAAUUACGAGUAACCAUGAGUUGAGCAUCAAUAUUCCAGACGCGAUAUUUCCAGCACCAUGCCCAGAAAUUUAUUUACACUACUUUUUGGCGCUACUUUUUUUGUAGCCAUAUUUAUGAUAACUCUUGCUCAGCCCAAUGUGGGAGUAAAUGUACUGCUGCCAACGAGAAGGCCGAGUAUACCGACUAAGCGGCCAAGUCCGCCGACCAAGAGACCAAGUAUACCAACAUGGAGACCAAAUCCACCGACAAGAAGACCUAGUCCGCCGACCAAUAGACCAACAAGGAGACCAAUUUCACCGACCAAGAGACCAACAAGGAGACCAAGUAUACCAACGUUUGCAACUAGAAAACCUAGAUCGGCAAAACGGCCCAAACCUCGUCCAUGUUCUAAGACACCAAAAUGUAGCACCACCGGUCCAUCUCUAUGUGUGCGUAGUCGAAGUGGCAAAUUGUGUCGUCGAGUAGCCAAUAGGUGCACUUUGGGAAAGCUCAAUUGUCGAUCGAAACCACGUAAUAAUUGGAUUAUCACGCCACAGCAGUGUUGUGGUAAGCUCAAAGUUGGCGCGAGAGCAGCAAAAUGUAUAGUUUAGAGAACAACUUUGGAGCCUAAAAAUUAUUACUGAUCUAAUAAAAACAUAAUUAUAUUAUAAUUCUUUAAAAA